CGCACAGUGAUGCCUGUUCUUUUGCAUUCAGAGAUUAGAGCAUCUCUUCUCCCCCUUCGCGUCUUUUAUUCAUAAUGUUGACAUUUUCUUUCUUUUUUUUUGUCAUAACUUGUUCAAAUGCUUAACAGCGAGUGGCUCCGAGUAGGAGUGAUGGAGACGGGGCGGUUCGCUUCUUCGCGUGCAGUCCUCUGAUGCACCAUGAUCCCUGUGCCGCUGCUGGUGGUGGUGAUGGGCGGCUGGUGCGCCGUCUACCUCACCGACACCCUGCUCAAGUUGUCCUCGACCCACCGGAUCAGGUACGAGUCAUGGUUGGCGAGUCGAGGGCUGAUGUUGUCUCCUUUCCACGUGAGGUGGCAGACCACCGCGUUCAACCGGCUGUUUGCGUACUGCGCCCGCAUCAACCCCCGAGCACAAUACCUGUGGUUCAACAGUGGGCUGGUGUUCGGCGUCGUGGCCAUGGUGGGCUCCGUGGUGCUGCUGACCAGGACGCUGCAGCAGACGCUCGCUCAGAUGACGACGGACAGCCCCGGGGUCAGAGGUCAGCAGGCCCUGCAGGUGGUGAUCCCUGGUGUCAAUCUGCCCACGAGUCAGCUGGCCUACUUCUUCAUCGCCCUGCUGCUCAGCGGAGUCAUACAUGAGCUGGGCCACGCUGUGGCAGCAUUGAGGGAGCAAGUCCGAGUGAACGGAUUCGGCAUAUUUGUGUUCGUGGUUUAUCCGGGUGCAUUCGUGGACCUCUUCACCACGCACCUCAGCAUCAUAUCGCCGACUCAGCAGCUCCGCAUCUUCUGUGCCGGAGUGUGGCACAACUUUGUCCUGUGCGUGGCGGCAUUAGCCCUCCUCUUCCUGUUGCCCCUCUUCCUGCUCCCCAUGUACUCGACCGGCGGCGGGGCGCUGGUCACCGAGGUCGUCCAGGGCUCUGCGGCCGACGGCCCCCGGGGUCUUUCGCCCGGCGACAUAGUGACGGGGCUGGAGGACUGUCCCGUCGGGGGGGUGGAGGACUGGAGCAGCUGUCUGUCUCGCCUCUCUCAGACCCCGCAGACCGGAUACUGCGUCCCCGGCGCCAGCCUGCAGCCCAGCUGGGCCCACGGCCGAGGCGAGUCUGCAGUCGCUUUCAAGCGUUUGGAUGGAACGAUGGACUGCUGCAGCAACAACAGCCUGACGGACCUCUGCUUCUCCUACAUGAGUCCUCAGGGCAAGAACAGCAGAGGGAGAGAGUACGCCUGCAUGCCGGUGCGUAAGAUGGUGUCGGGGACGCAGGUGUGUCGCAGCGACGGGGACUGCGUCGCCGCCCCCCCGCACGCCGCCGCCGGCGUCUGUGUCACUCCGUCUCUGGAGAACCGGACGCGCUUCAUCCGCGUCACACACCCGCCCAACACGCACAUGCUGUUUGUGGGCUUCCCGCCGCACCUCCAGUACGCCGUGAGUCUGACCAACUUCAUCCCCCGCUUCGGUUUCCUCCACCUGGAUCUGCCCGUCUUCUUGGAGACCUUCUGCAAGUACGUGGUGUCCCUCUCCGGCGCGCUGGCCGUCGUCAACUCGGUGCCGUGCUUCGCCCUCGACGGUCAGUGGAUGCUGAACGCGCUGCUGGAGGCCACGCUGGUCACCGUGGUAACGGACCGCCAGAAGCGCGAGCUGAUUGGCUUCUUCCUGCUGCUGGCGGGCAGCGCCCUGCUGGCGGCCAACGUGGCGCUGGGCCUGUGGAUGGUCACGGCGCGGUGAGCCCUGACCCCCCCCCCCCCCCCCCCCCCCCCCCCCCUCCCCGGGAGAGAGGACGACUAAAAGAAUGAUUCCUGGGAGUCGUGUGGUGCUCGCGGACCGUCGGACUGUUACGGGUGGAGGCUUUUUACGGUUUUCCUGGAGCACCAACCUUCCUCCGCCUCGUUACCGCCGUAUUUAACCCAGAAAGCACACAUACAAAUAAGCGAUGCACUUGCCGCAAAGCACUGUCCUGUGACUGUUUACAAACACAGCUGCUUCUGUGUUGCGUUCCAGAGGAAGCCUGCUCGGUCUUUAAGGGUUUGUUUCCAAGAUGCCAUAUUUAGCCGCUGACACGCGGCCUCUCGUUGCUGCAGAGGAGGUUCGACUCUCCAGAAGAACGACGCAUGCUUUAAAAAGCCGUACGGUCACAGAGAGUUUCUACAACGUACCACCUGUUGCCAGCUGGUGUUCGCGUGAAAGAAACCUCUUCUAAGUGUGUACAUUUGGUUAACUAAAUGUUUGCCUUUUGGAAAAAAAAGUCUUUCUCUUCCUCGGCCGUUGUGUUGGGAAGAUGAACCUUUUUUUUAAGUGUAGCUUUCAUUUCACUCUGUUUGUGAGUCACACGUGGAAUAAAAGACUGCUUUAAUUUA